ACUCACACUUGAGUUUCAUUUUUGGGCCACAAAGCUGCUCGUCCCUCCUAACGUUUACUAGCUGGGAUGUACUUAAACCUUUUGCUGGAUUAGUAUUUUUAUUUUAUUUGUUUUUGGGUGGAAUUAUGGCAGAGGAACUCAAUUAUGUGACAGUCAAAUUCAACUCUCACCAGCUGCCGAACAACGCCGUGGUCUACGAAGACGUGAGGAGCAAGCUGGACACGUGGGCAGAGCAGCGCGUCACCCAAGAGAAGUGCGGCGAAGUGGAGGAAAUCUACGAUGACGUGAGGACCAAGGAGUUACCUUGCAGUCUGCCUCACAUGUUCCAAGAAAACGUGUCGAAAGUGUCGCACCACAUACCUGCCACCCUGGCAGUGGCCACUCUGGGUGUCCUUUGCGUCAUCCUCAUAUCUGUCAUCAUUGCCCUCACCCUGCACCUGAACGUCGUCACGGCCGAGCAACGCCGGCAGAACGUCAACCUGACGGCUCAGAACGAACACGUGCGGGCCGAGCUGGAGCUAUUGCGGGAACGAGCUCAGGAGCUGAGUUGGGAGCGGGACCAACUCAACUGGACCAUGGGCAUGGUCCUCCAGUACGACAAUUUCCCCGUCAUCACCUACUGUCCGCAAAGAGUUUUAAGCCUGUGCAAGCCGUGCAUGGACGACUGGCUGCUGUUCGGCUCCAAGUGUUACUUGUUUGUGCACUCACCUUACUACAGCGGUUGGAUGGACUGGCAGGACAGUGUUGAUGACUGCAGGCGGAAGAAUGCACACCUGCUGCUCAUUGAAAGCCAGGAAGAACAGGUGAACAUAACAGAAUUCAUCACAAACCACACGAGGUACUACCAAGACGACAAGCACGGCUACUGGAUAGGCCUAAACAAGACCGAACUCUCGGAGAACUGGAAGUGGAACGAUGGACGCAACCUCACUCUGGCGUUCUGGAGAGAUGAAACCUAUUACAUCAGAAACCGCUGCGCUCUGAUGUCAAAGUCGCUGACAUCAACGUCGCUGGACAACUGGAGAAGAGUCUACUGCGACAUGAAGAACAGAUUCAUCUGCGAAACCAAUGUCUUCACCAAACUUGAUCUACACUAAUACAUCACUUUCAUACAAAACAAAUACACACCCAAUCUGUCUGUGAAGCCAGCUUUGAUAGGUAAGUGUAGCCAACAAGAAUGCUCGCAAGACAACUCGAGGUGCCUCGUGAGCACUCAGGCUAAGUGUAGCACAGGAACUAUCUGGUUAGCUAACUUGAUAAACCUCACUUAAUCGCGAGCUGGUUCCAAGCUAAGUUGAGGUAAGUAGCUCAUGAGAAGACUCUCAAGGUAAAUUUAGCAAAAUCCUAAAUAGUAAUAUAAAUUGUAGCUAGCGGCGGCACGGUGGACGACUGGUUAGAGCGUCAGCCUCACAGUUCUGAGGACCCGGGUUCAAUCCCUGGCCCCGCCUGUGUGGAGUUUGCAUGUUCUUCCUGUGUCUGCGUGGGUUUUCUCCGGGCACUCCGCUUUCCUCCCACAUCCCAAAAACAUGCAUUAAUUGGAGACUCUAAAUUGCCUGUAGGUGUGAAUGUGAGUGCGCAUGGUUGUUUGUUUGUAUGUGCCCUGCAAUUGGCUGGCAACCAGUUCAGGGUGUACCCCGCCUCCUGCCCGAUGACAGCUGGGAUAGGCUCCAGCACGCCCGCGACCCUAGUGAGGAGAAGCGGCUCAGAAAAUGGAUGGAUUGUAGCUAGCGAGCUAAGUAGCCAACAAGAAAAAUUGGCAAACCAAAUCUAGUUUAGUAAUAUCUGAUUUAAGUAGCUAACUAGAAACAUCUCGUUCAGUAGCUAGCUGGUUAGCUCAUGAGUGGAGUAGAUAGCUUGGCAAGUCGUAGCUAGCUGGCUAGUGAGAAAGCUUUCAAGCUAAAUCUGGUUCAGUAGCUAGCAGUCAAGUAGCUCACUAGCGAGCUUGGCAAUUCAAAACUAGCACAGUAGCUAGCUGGUUAAGUAUCAAACUGGACAAUUGGGCAAGCCAAAUUUAGCUUAGUAGCUCAGAAGCUAAGUAACUACUAAACAUCCAUCCAUUUCCCAUAUCGCUUAUCCUCAGGCAAGCCAAACCUAAUGCGGUACUUACCAGGGUAAGUAGCUGACUAAAGAUCUUGCCAAGCCAAAUCUAGUUUAUUAGCUAGAGGUAGGUUGCGAACUACAAAGUUUGGGUACCACACAAGCUACAGUGAGCUAAGUAGCUUGCUUGCCAGGUAAAUCUAAUCUGGUUGUACAGCUUGUUAGCACCCACACUAAAACAAGGUUAUGGACAGCUAAAAAAAAACAAAAAACAAUAACUAACUAAACAACUGACAAUGCAGGGAGCUUAAUUAUUUAUUAUGCUAUAAAAUUAGCCUAGAGAGACUUAAUUUUAAAUUUUUCUAGACAGUGGUGUGUAGUAACACUUAGUAUUUAGCAACCACGUUGUGCAACCAUGGAAAAUAAUUAACGCAAGUCUGUGGCACAAUAGCAUCCAGCAUCAUCGUUGGGGCAAGUUAAGAAAAAAAAUUUAAACUCAACAUUUUAACAGAUUGGUCGUUACAUUUGAAUAGCAAAUACAGGAAUCAUUAAAGACGUGAGGAUUUAAAAAAAAAAAAAAAAAUUUAGUUGCAACAAAAAGUUGCAUUUAUCAACAGAUUCUUCAACACAAUUUUUCAACUUCCUCUAUGUACAUCUCAUGUGGGAUUUUAGUUUCCAAGAAGCUGAGUUGCACAAUCUGCCUUUGCGCCAUGUCGUCGUUUAAUUUAACGAAUGUAAACUAAAAUACCCUGAAGGCAUCUGUGAGAAUAAAGUAUCCUGAUACUACUGUAUACACACAAUUUUUUGCAUGUUUGGGUGUCAACUGUGGAAGAGUUCAGAUACUAUGGUAUUUAGUGGUUUAAAUAGACAAGAUUUCCAUUUAAUGUGCAUAUUUUCUUUUUGUGUGGCAAAAAUAAAUCACAUUUCAGGUCAAUAUUCUGUACAUUGAUACGGCCUGCCAACCAUUUCAAAUAUCCGUUGCAUUAAUUUACUUGUUUUAUCCAAAUAUUUGUUUAUUCAAAUAGUUUACAUUAUGAAUUUUUUAAUUGUAUCAAAUUAAAUAUUUGGUUGUUUUAUUGUAAUGAUACUUAAAAAUAAUACAAUUCGUAAAAUGUUUAACAUUUUAUAUGAUUAAAAGUUUAAUUAAUAUUAAAUUAUCCAUACAUUACAAAUUAAUUUAUUAUGAAGUAUUAUUUUAAUAUAUGAAAUAAAUUAAAAUACAUCAGACCCCAGCUGUUGGCAGGGGACAGGGACUGCGCCGGAUCACGGAUAGCGAAACUCCACAAAUAAUUUUAAUUGCCGUUAAUUUAAAAAUAAUAAUACCAAUAACUGCAGAUUGAGUAAAAAAAAAAAAAAAAAAAAAAGGCGGAUCAGAUUAAAAAACAAAAAAAAUGCAUAUAAACUGGGGUUUCCGCAAAUAAUGUAGGGUAGGUUCCAGAAAAGUCAGUGAAUAGAUGAAUUUGCGAAUUUUCAGGGGUCUACUGUACACAUGUAAAAAAACGUAUGCAUUUGAAUAUAUAGUUGAACCUUUUUCCCCCCCUUUUUUAAACCCGAUCUACAAAUGACCAGGCCCAUCUGUCCCUUAAAAAAAUGAAAACAAAUAAAAAUCAAAUGGCCCUUGAGCACAAAAGUUUGCCCAGCCAUAAUUUCAACACUACAGACUUCACUACUGCCUCUAGGAGACAUAUACUAAUGGAAGCACAUUUUAAAAAUGUAUUAAUUUAUUUUCAGUCAUUAAAAAAAAUUCAUAGGCAAUAAAUUCAAAAUGGGGUUCAACAGAAUUUCAGCACAAUUUGUCAUGUUGUUAGUCGGUAAGCUUCCAGUGACAUGCUAAUUACAUUAUCAUCUGCAAGGUAAAUAAUGAUUUCAUAUGUAAUUGAUAUUUAACUAUUUGGUUUACUCAUAUCACACUGAGUGUGUCACUUUACGGUCCAUUUCUCAUUCAAAACGAGGCUGAAGAUGAUCGGACGGACUUAAACGCCCAUCAAACAAGUCAGUUAUGCAUUUAUUGGCAGAUAGGCUUCAGUCACUAUAGAAGAACAAAAGUUAGUCUUUGGACUUUUUCUUCUUCUUCUUUGGUGGAGGAUGUGGUUGUGCUUCCUCGCUGAUGUUUGAGUCCUUUUUCCUUUUCUUCUUGACUUGAUGUUCGGAAACGAGUAGCUCUGAUUCUCCGUGGUUACUCUGCUCUUCUACUGCAACUUGCUGCUCUUUCUUCUUUUUCUUCUUCUCCAGAAACGGAGUGGUGUCAAGCUCUGGACUUUUAAACUCUGCCUUUUUCUUCUUCUGCUUCCUCUUGUGGGCUGCGUCACCGUUUUCUACGCAUCUCACCUCCUCCUUCUUCUCGUUGCUCCUUUUCUUUUUCUUCUUUUUGAGCUUGACGUCAGAAGGUUCCGAAAGAGCAUCGUUUAGUUCUUCAGUCUUCUCCUUGGAUAUCUUCUUUAUUUUUAGCUCGUCGUCUUCCCGCCUGACAAGGUUCUUCUUUCCGUACUUGGCCAUGAAGUCAGCCUCCUGCUGCUCCAGCCGGGCUAGCUUAGCGCUCAUGUUCAAGCCAUGCCUGGCUCCUCUGAAAAAACAAAAGAACAGAAAACAAAAUGAGCAUCUAAAAUAUAUUGAGUCCUAAAGAUGUGUUUCUACAAACGGACUGACUUGUGGGCAGUGCGUCCUCCACAAGCCUUCAUGAGGUCACAAUCAGACAGACUGGAAAGAAUCAGAAACAUGUCAAAAGCAUUAAUGAGUUCCCGAGUUUUUAAUUCUGUUGAUUUAUCUUUGAUACAACAUUUUAUGCUUCAAUUCCACUGAUGAACAUAAGAAUGAAAACAUCCAUCCAUCCAUCCAUCCAU